AUGGGCAAUCCAGUGGUUAUGCCUUUGGCCGAUGGAAAUGCUCAGGCAAAGCGCUCUGGUGCCAUAUCCUACUUGAAAUCAUACGCAAGGCGUCUUUCAAGCGGGUCCUCGCCACAGUCAACGUCAGGCUUGAACUCCACAAAUGGAGUCCACGGAAUGCAUCGAGCUUUUAUUGCAUUGGGUAGCAAUGUAGGAGAUCGUGUUGAGAUGAUUGAAAAGGCUUGUCUGGAGCUGGAUCGAGCCAAAAUUAAAGUCAAGAGAACAAGCUCACUCUUUGAGACGACUCCGAUGUAUGUGCUUGAUCAAGACACGUUUCUCAAUGGAGUCUGCGAGGUUGAAACUAGUCUCUCUCCAAUGGAGCUUUUAGAUACGAUCCAAUCCAUUGAGAUCGAGCUGGGCCGAAAGAAGUUGAUUGAUAAGGGCCCGCGUUCAAUUGAUUUGGACAUCCUAUUGUACGAUCAAGAGAUUUUUGCCCAUGAACGGCUCAAUGUUCCACACAACCUCAUGUUAGAUCGGGAUUUUGUGCUCCGGCCUCUUUGUCAAUUAAUACCUCAUGAACGGCCGCCCCAAUCUGGAAAAAACGCACUUACAUUUAGCGAGCAUCUUAAGGCCCUUCCGCCUCCAGAGCCAACACCAUACUCGACAACGCCCAUCUCGCCACAUUUCCCAAAUCUCUAUGCAACUGAUCCCAAACGCCCCACUCACGUCAUGGCAAUCCUCAAUUUGACCCCCGACUCUUUCUCCGAUGGUGGCACCCACUCCCCUAAUGACUUCACUCAACUCACCGAAACAGUCCGCGCCUUCAUCGCCCAGGGCGCAACGAUCAUCGACGUCGGUGGCGAGAGCACCCGCCCCGGCUCAACGCCAGUGGGUGCAGAGGAGGAGAUCGCCAGAGUAGCACCCGCAAUUCAACACAUCCGCAAGAACAUCCCAGAGGCUGCCAACAUCGCUAUCAGUAUUGACACCUACCGCGCCGCCGUGGCCGAAGCAGCCUGUGCCGCGGGUGCAGACAUCAUCAACGAUGUCUCUGCGGGUCUUCUCGACCCAGAAAUGCUCCCCACCGCAGCCCGUCUCGGCAAAUCCAUUAUCCUCAUGCACAUGCGUGGAACACCGCAGACAAUGACCGAACUCCACGACUACCCUAACGGCGUCAUCCCCGAAGUCUGUGCCGAGCUUCGUGCCCGCAUAGCAGCCGCCGAAGACGCAGGAAUUCGUCGCUGGCGCAUCAUUCUUGACCCCGGUCUCGGGUUCGCAAAGCUCCAACCACAAGACCUGGAAAUCCUGCGUGAGUUACCAGCUCUUCGAGCCGCUGAAGGUCUGGACUGUAUCCCGUGGCUGAUGGGCCCAAGCCGAAAACGUUUUAUCGGAAAUAUCACGGGCGUCAAGACACCCAAAGAGCGCGUCUGGGGUACUGCUGCGACCGUUUCGGCUAGUGUUGCCGGCGGUGCCGAUAUCGUGCGUGUGCAUGAUGUGAAGGAGAUGUGGCAGGUUGCGAAGGUUGCUGAUGCAAUUUAUCGUGUCUAG